GAACGUCGUGUUUUAUUGCGUAAACGUAAAAUUAUUCGAACUGAUUUAAUUCGAGCGAUAAUAUUGCACCGAUUCUUCGAUAUACGUUGCGGCAGAAUGGUAAUGGUUAGUGGAUUAAUGCGAGGAUCUGCAACCAAUUCAUCGAAACAAUUGUAUAAAUAUUUACUGCGAGAAUGGCGCAAGCUUCCUCGGGGUGCGCAGGAAUAUUAUAAACACUCAGUCAAACAAAGCUUCAAGCAACACGCGAACGAACCAGAUGCUGAACGGGUCAAAGAAAUCAUAGAAAAAGCUUACGCAGACUCGAAAUGGGUUAUGAACAAGUAUACCAAAGAUUCUGGACAAGCCUAAAGUGAUGUUGAAUCCGAACUUCAUCCAUCUACUUUGCUUCCUUUUUAUAAUUGCGAGCCAAUAAUCUCGAUAGGACAGGAAAGAUGAAUUAUGAAUCAGUAGUUUCUCACGACGGUGUUGGUACCUGCGACUUCUGGAAGGCAGCAAAAAUAUGGCUCAACAAUGCUCAUGUUGUGAACCGCAGAAUAUUGACAGUAAAAAAAUUGCUUUUUUUCCAGUCAAAUGCCGAGAUUCAAUCUAUCCAUUCAUCUCAAUGGAUCAAGAGACUGGCGAGUAUUGCACAACUGUACAAGAAUUGUGCAGCCCCUAGCGAAACAGAUCAUUUACUAGCAUUAGAGUUGGAGGCACCGUGCAGUGAAUUCUUAAGUGAUGGACUUGACGAUCCCUUAAACAAUGGAUCAUUUAUAUCCCUUCAAAAAUUACUUCCCCGUAAUCCAGAGAAAUUUUCACAUACACUGCAGUUGGCAAUCAUUAACAAAGCAAAUGGACGAAUUAGCUUUUUUUCUCAUUUCCUCGAGGAGUCUAAGCAAUCUUUAGGACCCAAAUGGUCGUACAGGAUGGAACAUGAUGCAGUACUUAGUAAACUUUCAUUGUAUGUUGAUGGGAAAGAAGAAGUAUGCGAAGAUUCUAGCUUUAAGUGGCUGAAGGAACAAUUUUUUCCACGUUUUGUCAAGUGGGCAAACUCUGAUAGUCCUGGUAGUAGUCUAAUAUCAGGCUCCUUGAAUUUAAUUUCCGCUGAGAAAUAUGCAAUUUUAUACAACAAGUUGAAAAUAAAAUAUGGUACUGAAAUGGUUAAAGUCUGGCCUGAAAACACCGAUCCUGCAAAGUUUGUCUACGAAGAUGUCGCCAUCGCAACUUAUCUUUUGCUCAUAUGGGAGAUGGAAAGAGCAACGAGAGAUAUUAAGGAGAAGCAAUCGUUUGUUGAUCUUGGUUGCGGAAAUGGUUUGUUGGUGCAUAUAUUGGCCAGCGAAGGGCAUCCGGGAUUCGGUAUCGACCUACGAAAGAGGGGAAUUUGGGAUUUAUAUCCUAAAAGUACUCGCUUAGAGGUCCGGACAAUAGUACCUUCGGCAUCGAGUCUCUUUCCUGAAAUCGAUUGGCUGAUAGGAAAUCAUUCAGAUGAACUGACUCCAUGGAUACCUGUCAUAGCUGCACGUAGUUCUCAUCGGUGUCGAUUCUUUCUUCUACCUUGCUGUGCCUACGAGUUUAAUGGACGAAAAUACCAGAGAGAUAGCGCAGCUAAGAGUCAAUACUUCGAAUACAUGAAUUAUAUAAAAAAUGUUUGUCAGCAAUGUGGUUUCAAAACUGACAUGGAUAAACUAAGAAUUCCAUCCACAAAAAGAAUUUGUCUAAUUGGUAGGGACAGGAUAUAUACCAAGGAUCGAACAGAUGUACAAGAAGCUGCUAUUCGGGAAUUGAUCAAUGCCAGGUCUGCUAGUAGAAAAGAUAACGUAACGGAUUCUUCUGAUCCAUCUGAUCAAAGUUUGUGGUCAGCAGAUUUCAAACCUAGAGAAAAUGUAGAACGAGUAAGAAAUUGCACUAAAAUUGACAGAGGACUUAUUUCUGACAUAGUUAACUUAGUAGCGGAACAACUUUUGUGCAAAGUUCGGAUGAUAGAUAUACAAUCGUCAAACGAAAAAUGGAAUGCUGGGGGUCAAAUAGAAUUGAGCGAGGUUGCGCGACUGUUACCUCAAGAAGCAUUGAAAGAACUAAAGAGUGAAUGUGGUGGCGUACAAACGUUAUUGAAAAAUAAUAGCCAUAUAUUUCAAGUGAUACAGGGAAAGGUUCAGUUCAGAGUACCUGGCACUCGUAUAGAUGUAACGCCGAAAAAAAAUAAGCGAAACAAUUCUAAACUUGCAAAGAAGACAAAGCCCUGUUGGUUUUACCUGAAUCACCCUAAUGGAUGCCCGCUUAAUGAGGAAAUAUGUUGUUACAAACACUGACUGGAAAUAAAUUGAAUCAAUGUA